AUGCAUUGGCUUACUUGGUUUAACUUUACCAGAACUUAGAAUAACAAUGAAGGAGAAUAGGUCGGUGACAUUCAUUCAGAAGACGGUUGGACUCGGGAAUAAAGACUUACUUAAGAGUUUAUUGUUUUGGCUCACAUGUGCCGUAUACUUCUUCUAUCACUGGGGAAUAGAUACCCCACAAGGUGAAAUCAUUGCCAUGUUAACCCGACUGGACUUUGGGGGAAGCAUUGCUAAACUGUUAUUUUACGUACUGAGUCAACCGAUUGGACAGGCAUUGGGAAUGUUCAUUGCAUGGAUUGUUAGGAAAGUGGUGCACGGGGAAAAGAACCGGCCCGACGAUGACCAUGCACAUAAAGACAGCCGUCUGACACAUAUAUUUGGUCUGUUAGUGGCUACAGCCUUCACCAUGUCGAUUGGUUGUUUUGUAGCACCAGAGGCAGUAAACUUUGAAUACUUUUUUACAUUUAGUUUACUGUUUGCAACAUUUUUUGGUAUGAACGAGGGAUUUAGAGAUUAUGUGGUACCAGAGGAGUUUGGUAGAGACAAUGUAAGAAUUGUGGAAGGGCUCAUACUGAUGUGUGUUGGUCUUGGUGGAUUAAUUACAAACGAAAUCACCCUUAAAAUCGAUGAUUGGAAGAGAGGAUUCCGUUACGGAGGUGGUAUGCUGUUGUUGUCAGGGUCUGUUACGACAAUCGUUCUUGCUCUAAAACAGAGUAAAGCACUGGACGAGAUUCAGUCGAAAAUAAAUGGCAAUUCUGUUGUUCCAUUGAGAGCAGACGGCAAUCGUACAAACGUACCUGGUACACAACAAACGGGUCCAAGCACUCUGACUCAUAACACCGUAAAUAAGCAGCCGUCGGUCGGUCCUAUUACGAAUACGUCGCGACAGCAGACUGUGCCAUCAACGUUCAAUGGUAGUUUUCAACCUUACAGACAGUCAAAUGUUCCAACAUCUAGUCAGAAUAGUGGCGUUCAACCUUACCGACAGUCGACACAAGGCUAUGCUAACCAAAAUGGCGGGUUUCAUCCACCGCAACAGACUAUAGGGGUACAACAUAUCAGUGUGUACGAUAUGUAAUAUUUUUAUGAACCAAAAACUGAUAUAAAUACUCAUAAAUAUACAUUCAGAUAAAGAUUGUGAUGAUGAAUAAUUUUAUUAUUUAUAUCAAUCCCUGUAUCAAAACUGAAUACAAGUUACGUUUAGAUAGAAGGAAAUGAAUAUGAUUUAAGUUAAUGCAAUAUUGUUGAAAGUGGACACUGAAGACAGUUUAUCUCUUUACUUUAUAAGUCCUUUGAAAAGGCCGAACAAUGCGACUGAUCAGUCGCCGGAUACAAAGAUCACAUUCAGCAAUUCAAAACCUACUGGUCAACUUGGAACAUGAAUGUUACAGACAGAAACUUUUAUACGAUAUACUAUAAAUUAACAUAAAGGAGGUUUCCAUUUCUGAAAUAUUAACGUUUUUUUUCUCAAAAAUGUGCAUGUGCGUGAUAGUGUGAGCGCCUCAGGAGCUUUUAGUCUAGCAUUUAUUUUAAAUUUGUGUGAUGGAUGCAGUGUGUUUUGCACGUAUUUUGAUGGUGUGUUUUGCACGUAUCUUUAUGGUGUAUUUUGCACGUAUUGUGCACGUACUUCGAUUUGCACGUAUCUUUAUUUGGUGUGUUUUGCAAGUAUUUAUAUGAUGUAUGUACAAGUCUACAACUGUUUAUUUAUUUUUUACUAAGAUUGCAUAAGAUUCCUCUAGAAUCAACCGGAACAAAUGCAUUUCAUCUGUGAAUAUAUGGAAGUCACGUUUUAUUAAAUGGCUGAUACAAUUCUUAUAUAUUAUAUAGGUCAAUCAUUAGUGUCAGUUUUAUAUUUAGCUGAAUAUCGUAUGUGAGAAAGUAAUAGUAAGCUUAACAUCAGAAUUAAUUAAAGGAAUGCUAUGAAAUUCUGCUGACCUGGAGGAGCUAUGUAACCGGGCUGUCCGAUAUAAAUUGUAAAAUCAAUAGUCUGCUGAAAAACUCAGUCUUCAAAAAAACCAAGCAGAACGCUCAGGUAUCUAUAUAUUGUAAAAAUCAAUGUUAAGCUGGAAUUCCUCUUUUGCUUAUCAGAUUAAACAUGGCAGGUUGCGAUGUUCUUCUGCUUUAUAAAACGGCUGAAAAGAACUCUAAUGUAUUUAUACCCGGUUACAAUUUUCAACGGUAUUCUCCUGAUACUGCAGACAACAAUAUUCCUAACAAAAUAGUCACAAUAAUACCACGUCGUAAACUAAUAAGAAAAAUGCACAAAAAAGCAAAACUGAUGAAUACAGAGUUAUCUUGGCAACAAUUUAGAACAAUCAGAAAUGUGGUUACGAAACAAAUAAGAAAAGGUAAAAAUGAAUAUCAAAAUAAAUUUAUUGAACAAAUAAAUUCAUGAAAUAUUUCAACGAAACAUUUGGUUAAACUGACAAAAUCUUUCACACAAAUACAAUCAAAACCAGCAAUCCCUGUUCUUUUGAUAACGGAAUUUCUCCAAAUACUGACAAAUUUAAGGUAGAACUACCAAAUACAUGUAAUUUCUUUUGCACACAAUCAAACAUUGACAUUCAAAACACACAUACAACUCCCACAUCUGAACUUGCAUACAAACUCAAUUAUUCCCCAAGUUACAAUUACAGAAGAAGAUGUCAAAGAUGCUAUAUCGUUUAUUGACCCAUCGAAAGUCUGUGGGUCAGAUCUUUUUUAUCCCCGAUUACUGAAGGAACGUCUAUUCUGUCUAAACCUUUGG